GUACAGGAGAGAAGAGUUUUCCAAGAAUUACUAACACACCAGGGCACUGUGGUAAAGACCUGCAGAGGGCAGAGGCAGACCCAUGUGUGUGCCUACCACAUACGGAUGGGGGAAGAAGCCAGAGUCCCAUAUAAGUAAUUCCACAGGGUCUUUGGCUUCCCACACAGACCCCCAGUGACUCUCCAAAACCUCUUCUAUGAGCUGAGGAUCUUCUUGAGCAGAGUCCUUCAAAAAGGCCACAUCACAAACUGCAGUACCCAAGGCAAGCACCCUGAGGCUGUGCUGUUCAAGGCGCGUGCUUACCUGGGUGAAGCCACAGCCACCUGUGCCAGCACCAGCUGCAUCACCUUCUACUCCAGUUUCUCACCCUGCAACGAGUGUUAACUCUGCUGCAUGAGGAAAAUGUUCAGCUUCCUGCUGAGGCCUCACAUCUACUUCUCUUAGCCCUAUCUCUGCAGGGACAGUCCACCUGGGACCCUGAGGAACCUCUGCACCCUGUGGCCCUGGGUGAUCCUGCAGAAGCUUCCAGAAGGGGCAUGGCCAUACAUGCUCUGCCACUUUUUUUUGUGUGGCAUCAUAGGGGCAACCCCUCGUCACCCAGUGCCAGCAGGUACACAAAACUGACAUCAAAUUAACCUAACAGGAAUUAAAACAUACUUUAGAACGACCUUUCCCCAGAGAAUGUAAGGGAACUCAGCUGGACAGAAGAAUUUAAAGGCUUUUUCCUCUCUCAGACCAGCCUCCCAAGAGCCUUUUCAAGCCAUGGAAGGCAGUCUCCUUCCUCUGAUGUCUUCAAGCCAAGGAGGGCUAUUCCCAGGUGCAUUUCUGCCCUUUGAGAGGGAACAGCUGUAUCCCAGACUCAGAAGUAUAAGGCAUUUAAAAGUGCCAAAGGACUAAUUCAGUAGAAGUCCUCAUUCUGAAGAAUGAGGCACACACCUGUGCUGAGGAUGGCACAGAUCCAUCUGGUUUUUGGUGUGAAACUGAGAUCACAGAUGACAA